AUGGCCGCCCAACAACGCCUCGACGCCAUCGCCGGCCACAUCAACUCGUCCGCCACCACGACACAGUCUCCUGGUGUCAAGAAGACCCUGGAAAAGAACCCGGACGACAUUGUCAUAACAUGUGCGACACGAACACCGCUCACGAAAGCGCGCAAAGGCGGGCUCAAAGACACGCCAGCCGAGGAGCUCAUGGUGCACGUUCUACGAGCCAUCAAGGACAAGUCCGGCAUCGACCCUGCGGCCGUGGAAGACGUAUGCGUAGGCAAUGUCCUGCUCACAGCCCCUGGCUUCCACGCCCGCAGCGCCGUACUGGCCGCCGGGUUCCCCGAGACCACGGCAGCCAGCGUAGCAAGCCGAUUCUGCUCGUCGGGGCUAUUAUCGAUCCAGACGAUCGCCAGCGCAAUCGCAAUCGGGGCCAUUGAAGUCGGGAUCGCCGUCGGAUGCGAAAGCAUGUCGACCAACAAGGAUUCGCCGCCUCCCAUGAGUGAACUCAUCACCAAGCAUCCCGUGGCCAAGGACAAUCUCCAGCCGAUGGGCUGGACAUCGGAGAACGUGGCGCGGGAUUUCCACGUCUCGCGUGAAUCCCAGGACAAGUAUGCCGCGCUCUCGCAUAACCGAGCCGAACACGCCCAGAAGCAAGGCUGGACGGCCGACGAAAUCACCCCGGUCACCACGCACUGGGUCGAUCCCAAGACCGGGGAGAAGAAAACCGUCACGGUCGACAAGGAUGACGGCAUCCGGCCCGGCACGACGUUUGAAGGACUCCAGAAAAUCCGCUCGGCUUUCCCGCAAUGGGGUCCCACCACCACUGGCGGCAAUGCUUCUCAGAUCACCGAUGGCGCCGCCGCCGUCUUGAUGAUGAAGCGCUCCACGGCAGAGAAGCUGGGCCAGCCCGUCAUCGCUAAAUAUGUCAAGAGCACUGUCGUCGGUCUGGCCCCGCGCAUCAUGGGCAUUGCCCCCUCGCUGGCCAUUCCGAAGGUCCUCGACUUGACUGGUUUGUCUAAAGACGAUAUUGACCUGUGGGAGAUCAACGAAGCUUUUGCGUCAAUGUACGUCUACUGUGUCGAAAAGCUCGGUCUGGACAUCAACAAAGUCAAUGUCCGCGGAGGCGCCAUCGCAAUCGGCCACCCGCUAGGCUGCACAGGCACCCGCCAAGUCGUCACCGUGCUAUCCGAGAUGCGUCGCCGCAAAGCCAAAGUCGCCGUGACCAGCAUGUGUGUAGGCACGGGCAUGGGCAUGGCUGGCGUUUUUGUUUAUGAAGGGUCAUGA